AUGUUCUGUGCUGUCGUUGCCCUUUUCUGCCAUGUCCUGGGUCUGGUGUAUGCCCUCGACUAUGCUGGAGCCAUCGAAACUGGUGUUGUCGGCCUCGAUCCUCGUGGUUGGUCACCAGUGCCGACUCCGGCGCCAUACUAUAAUGUCUAUCGCCGCCGACUGCAGAAGAGAGACCUGACCGACACAUGUGCCUUGGUCAAUGAUGCGCCGUUGACAUGUCCCUCAGGUGAAUACUGUGCAUACAAUGCCGACCUGGGCUACAUGGGAUGUUGCUCUGUCGACGCCCAGGGCAACUUCGUCAGCGAUUGCUACUACACGACCAGCUGUGUCGAUGUGGCUCAAAGCUCAUCCAUCUGCGGUGUGACCAGUGGAUGCCUGGGUCUACAAACCGGUGUCUGUGGACGAAACACGCUUUAUCCCGAAUGCUUGACCAUCGUCCUCUACUACGGCGCUGUCAACUCAUACACGACCUACCGGUGCGGUCCGUCCGCGGCCUUUGUGACGGCAAGUGCAGCGCCCUCGGAUACUACGACGACGUCAGUAACGACGACGACAACGACAACACCCAGCCCCCCGCCGACCACAACGCCACCCACCCCAGUUACCACCCCUCCCACCACCUCCUCAGCUCCUUUCUCGUCGACGACGACGACCCCGAUAGAGACCGAGAAAUCCAGUUCCAACCACACGGGCGCCAUCGUGGGCGGCGCGGUCGGUGGCGUGGGAGGCCUCCUCAUCAUCGCCGGCAUCAUCGGCUUCAUCAUCUACCGGAUCCGCGUGAAGAGACGCGAGGCAGAGUUUGCCGACGACACGCCCGAGAUCCCUGGCACGGCUCACGUACCGAAAUGA